AUUUUUUCAAUUAUUUUACACAAUAUAUAUAUUUUAUCAUAUAAUUAAAUGUUAUUAUUUGGGAUUCCACUCUCUUCUCUUAUAUCCUACCCUUAUAUCACACAACAACAAUUUAAUAUAUAAAUGUACUAUAUAAUAAUGAUAAAAUCAAUCGAUUAUGAUUAGACAUUACCAGAAAUGGCCAAUUUAUGCUACUAAGCGAUUAGUGGAGAUAAUUCCACAGCUUUGUUUACAAGGUCAAAAACACACUGUUGUAGCAAAUAUACUUUUCCACCUCCUACCAAAUGAUUCACGCUCUACUAAUACCGACCCUGUCAAUGGGUCCGAUUGGAACAAUUUGUUCUGCAAUGACUACAUGGAAACUUUGAACUACUUAUAUAAUAAUCACUAUAAACUCAAUUCCAUCAGUAAUUCAACUGACGCUUUAAGUGAUAAAGUUACGUUUGACAGUGGUAUGAAGGAAAUAAUAUUUAGUCCAUUUAACAUGAAAAUCCUAAACGAAGUUAGUCCUAAAAUAUACAUUUCACAAAGAGAUUUACUCAUCUCAUCUCUCGAAUACUCUCUUCUCAAAUUUAGUAAAUAUUAUACAAAUGUUAAAGAAAAUAUUGAUAUCAACGGAUUAUAUACCUCGGUUGGUAUAGACUUUUUAAAAGUAAUCAAUUUACUCAAUUUAAACCAUAAAUUAUGUGAACUCAACCCUAAUACUAUAAAUGAUAUAUUUUAUACCCUCUUUAAAGGUGACGAAUUCAGCCGUAUUACAGCUAUGGAAUUUUUAAAUUCACUACUAAACAAUACUAAUAGUACUAUUAAUGGUAUAAAAGUUGACAGAACUGAGGAAAUGGAUUUAUCAACUGCUCUAGUAGAAGGUUCGAUUAGGCUUUUGGAUAUAUUGGUAAUGAUCGCUGAAGUAGAGUGUAAAAAGUCACUAGAAUUAUUUCUCAACAUUAUUCCUGAACACAUGAAACCACAGUGUUUACUGUUUUUGAAAUCUGUUGAUAAACACACAGGGCUGUUGAAAUAUGAAUGGGCCUUCAAUGAAUGUGAAUCUAUACUAAAUAAAACUACCAGUCAUUAUCAAUCAAUACCAUCAACUAAUCGUGAUAAAACCACCUCAAAUGAUUACACCUUUGAUGAAAAUAUGGAAUAUGAAUUGGUAGUGAAUACAGUGGCGAGUUUAUAUAACACCUUUAAGGCUUUAAAGGAGUUAGUCCCUAAUAAUCCCCAUUCAACCGAAGAAAAUAAGUUAGAUGAUUCAAAAACUCUCAAGAAUAUAAUUUCAGUACAUUUUGAACCUGAUGUAGUUGUAAUAUCAACUAAGAAGGAUAUUUAUGUAGUUGAGUUACUCAUUAGAGACCCACUGUACAGAUCAUCACUUUAUAAUCUACUGAACUUCAUUUGGGCUUCUAAUAUACCUAAAGUUGGACAUCAGGUCUUACUUAAUAUUGCCAAACUUUCAACAGAGUUCAAUCAACCAUUCAAACACUACAAUCACAUUAUUGAUCUCAAAGAUGAGCGUGUAAAACGUGUUAAGGAAUAUAAAUAUGACGCUGUUCAAGAAAUAACACAUUUUAAAAGAACCAGUAUUAAAAAGAAUCUGAAGGGAAUGUUACAGGAGUAUAACGUGCCAAUACCAUUAAAAAGGGAUUGGAACACACACCUCAGACCAAUACCCGUGGAUAGAAUUAAAUAUCUGUGUAUAAUAGGAAGAGGUAUUUUGGCCGUGGAAUACCGUCUUAGAUCUGAAGGAUGGAGUCCUUCCUCUUCUCUAACCUGAUUCUAAUGAAGUUCACCUUUGAUUAAAUUUAAUUAAGACUCACACAGUCACUUUGCUAAAAAAUUAAUAAAAUUCUACACGAAGGGGAGCAUUUUCCUCGAAAAGAAAAUCUCUCAGGAAUUUUUU